AUCCUCGUGAUGUAACGGCAUUUUUUGUUGAGACUGCGAGAUUCUCAGCUGUUCGGUUUAAAAGGCAAAUGAAAAUGCGGCGAAGUUGUCUUUUGAGAUAAAGGUGAUAAUUGAAUUGUGUCCGCACCAUAAAGGACAUUUCUUCUCUAUUUUUGGAGGAAGCCAACAUUUCACAAGCUUGUGUUUAGAGGGCUGCGCGUAAGCGAAUUCACCAUGAAUAUGCACUUUGAAGGAUCCACAAACGUCAUCCUCUUGUUUGAUUUCUGGAACGUGCACGGGCCUGCAGGGAUGGUGUUGUCGGUCUUUGUGGUUUUACUGCUUACCGUGUUAUACGAGCUUUUAAAAGUGUGGAAGAUAACGUUGGAAAAACGGAUGCAAUCUCCCAUCGCACAUUCUUCUAAUCCGGUGUCAUGCACAACCAACUCUUCCUGCUUCGCUCCCGUCACCGAGUGUCGUGGUGGCAGCUCCGAUCUGGCCAGCAGUCCCUCGGAGAUCUCAUUAGCUCCCACUGAGCAUACGGUUGAAACUGCUGGCUCCACAACAAGGACUAAGGGCUGGCUCAUUCACAGCCUCCAGACAGUCAUACACAUCCUGCAAGUGACGCUCGGCUACUUGUUGAUGCUCUGUGUCAUGUCGUACAACGUCUGGAUCUUUUUGGGGGUCAUCAUGGGCUCCGUCUUGGGAUACUUUUUGGCUUUCCCUCUUCUAAAUCACGUCUGAGAAGGACAAAAGAUGGAAAAAAGAUACGUUGGCCCUAAAUGCCUGUGGUCUCACUGAAACCUCCAGUUUAUGAGUGAUUAGGAACUGUUUUUUAAAAAUUACAUUAAUGAUGGCAGGCUGGUUAGAGUUAUUGUUUAAAACAAUAUGCUGUGCAAGAGGUUCAUUUUGUUAGAAAAUUUGUAUAUUUUUUUGAACUUUUUAAAGCGAAUAUUUUAAAGAUCAUGCUUGAAACCGAAUUUUACUCGAGGUAAAGUGGGGCAGCAUUCUUGUUUGUAAAGAUGUGCUGUAGAAGUGAUUUUAAACAUCUUUAUUGAGAAGGUGUCAUAUCAAACAGCAUGUGAUUUCAUAUAUGAGGUUAUGAAACCUGUCAUGAUGCUGUUAUGUAAUCACAUGAUUUCCCAUUUAAACAGUUCGUUUCAGCACUGUACUAAAUGGCUGUAUACUGUAUUGACUGAUUUAACUAAUAAGCUCAUUUCUGUUACACUAAGGAAUGUUUAAAUACUGUGAGAUUUAGUGGGGUUUCUCUUAUUUUGUGAAAUUGCAUCAAUUUUGAACCACGUGACAGUUUGCAAUAAACAUUCUUUGUGAGUCAGGAUCACUCGCUGGACAUUGCAACUGAAUAGGGAACAAAUCAUGUGGCUUGAGUUAAUAUUCUGUAGCUGUACAGAGAGGUGAAUGAAUAAUUGAGCAGAAAUUGAAGCAUGACACAGAACGUGAGAUUUCAUAUAAUAAUUUGGAAAAAUUAUUGCACUUCUGAACAUUUUUUAAUUUAAUAUUAAUAACACAAAACAAUAAUUGUUUUGCAUCCACGGCUUGUGCAAUUGCUUGUUUUUAGGCAUGAUGUGUUUUAUUAAAAUGGCUUUAAAGCUUG